AAGCCAACCGUCGAAUUUGAAAACAUUCCUUCCACACUGAGCAACAACAUGGCCGCUGAGGCGGCUCUCAUCUCCCUCCAUCUUGAGGGUAUUGUUUACCUCCACUUGUAAAACGUUCUCCAUUCCUUUGUGACGAAGAAAAGACAUUUGUGCUUGAGAGAAUAUUUUAUUUAAAUUCAGUGCAGCAAUUAGAAAUUAAAGUUAGUUUAAAGUUUGUUCAGAUUGGGAAGUGGCAAGGUGUUUAGUUGUGCAGAAGGUGUGAAAUAAAGAACUUUAUUGGUGGUGGAAAAGGAGUUUGUUUUCUGUGGCUCGUGGCAGCAACGUGGCAACCAUCCUCUGCAACGUGGAACAUCCGGAGAUCCAGAUCAAAUUUGCAAAAUUUGAUCCAUUCUACGCCGAAUAGGCAAUUGAUUGUUCUUUUAUUCUAUCCCCAUUAAAGGUGAGAGAUCAUCAGGGUAAACCAAGGUGGAUCCAUUGCUCACACUAAUCUGUUUUGUUUACAUUUGUUCUAAAGGUAAUUUGAGUUGGAGGUAGAGCCCCAUCAUUUGGUCCAUUCGCCUUCACCAGCAUCAAGAUGUCACACGUAGUAAGAGAUCAUAUUGUGGCUUCCAUCAAGAGAUUGGAAUCGCGCCUGUCUGAUAUUGCGGAUUGGGAAUUGUCAAUGCCACAGAUGCCCACCUUCCUGGAGACCCAAUUGAGUCUUUUGGAGUCACUGAGAGUCAAAUUCAGGGAGGUUCAGGAUAAACUUCUGGAUGAAGUUCGGGAGUCACAAGAGGCUGAAAAAGACAUGGAAAUCAAAAUGGAAAUUAUGAGCCUCUGUGACACCAUCCACAAUGAGCUUCAGGCCUAUUUAAUCACUGCAAGGGCUGCAAAUCCAAAACAGGAAUCCGCAGGAAGCACCUCUGACGUUUUGGCACUCAUGAAGGACCUCAUGGUGCAAAGUGAGAUUCGCCAUCAGCAACAAUUGGACGCAAUUGUAGCCACCUUUGUCAGAGGAUCUCAACAGACAGCCACAAAUAACGGGAGAUCUCACUCGAAAUUGCCACAACUCUCUCUACCAAAAUUCGAUGGGAAAUUCACAGAGUGGAUUUCUUUCCGGGACCGUUUCAAUUCAUCGGUCACAAGUCAUCCCAAUAUUACUGCAGUCCAGAAACUCGAGUAUCUACAAGGCGCUCUCACCGGCGUAGCUGCUGCCGAAAUUGAAAGCCUACCCCUCACCGAGGAAAAUUUCGAGGUUGCUUGGAAGAUGUUGGAAGACAAAUUUCAACGCAAGAACGAAAUUGUGGCUGAGCACAUCAAGCUCUUCACUGCAAUGCCUAGUGUCACUUCCAAUUCGCCCAAUGCGAUUCAUCAAAUCUCUGCUCGUUUUUCCAAAACGAUUAUGGCAUUGGAUGCAAUGUCCGUGACACAAAGGGACCCCUGGCUGAUAUACUUUGUAUUGGAAAAAUUGGACUCAGAAUCCAGGGUUUUGUGGGGUCGGGAGUGUGGUGCAGAUGUGCCAACAAUUGAACACUUCAAGAAAUUUCUCAAUCAACGCUGCAUCGAUAAUCUCAAUGCCAACGAGAAGUCGAAAGGCUCAUCAUCGACGCCUUCUAAACCUCAACCAUUUAAGCCGUCUACAAAGAAGAGCAACGUCACAGCACUCAACACGACAGUUGUCAGUGCCAAAUGCAACUGUUGCCAAGAAACCAAUCAUCCUCUAUACAAGUGUCCGAAAUUCUUAUCACAGACUCCAGCGGAGCGUCUCGAGACCGUGAAGACAUUGAAAUUGUGCAAGAAUUGUUUUGCUCAUCACUACACUUCAUCGUGCACAUUUCGCAAAUGUCGCAAGUGCCACUCCAAGCACAAUGUGCUGCUUCAUGACUCAUCAGUCAAUUCUCCGGCCAAUCCGACACCUUCUACUUCACGCUCGGACACUUCAGCCAACUCGGACACCCGGGAUACUCCACCAUCCACUGACACCAAUCCAUCUCCUUCAGUGGUGGCAAUAUCUUCAACGAUAGGAAGCGAUCUAUCAGAUCAGCCUCCCAAGGUGUUUCUUGCAACAGCCAUGACAUACAUUCUCACCGCAAACAAUGAGAAACUUCCUUGCCGAGUUAUCUUGGAUGGAGGUGCUCAAAUCAACGUGAUGACUACAUCGUUGUACCAAAAAUUAAAUCUUCCAAAGCAAUCUGUGGGCUUCAAUGUCUCUGGGGUCAACGAUCGUAGGUCAGCAAUCAAAUAUUCUACGGAAGCAACCAUCAUUUCCCCCACAUCAGGCGUGACAUUCACCUUGACUUGUUGUCUGUUACCGAAAAUCGCUUCAAAUAUUCCUAACUGGAAAGUAGAUGAAGAUGCUAUAGGAAUUCCGCCUGGAGUUAUUCUAGCUGACCCGGACUGGGCCAAGCAGAAACCCGUAGAUCUCUUGGUGUGCGGGAAUGCAUACUGGGAAAGUUGGUUAGCAGACACCAUAUCUCUUGGGCCAGGUUUGCCAGUGCUCAAGGAAACCGUUUUUGGUUAUGUGGUUGUGGGUGAGCACAUCACAUCGACCAGUCAGCAGACCCCGUUCUACAACAAUCUUACAGUAUCAGCUAUCGAAGACUCUGCCAAACUUGAUGAAUCUAUUAAAAGAUUUUGGGAACUGGAGGAUCUGCCUAAGGAUUCAACUCCUACUAUUGAUGAACAUGUUGAAGCAGAGAAACAUUUCGUGAACACUCACAAAAGAGCUCCAGAUGGUCGAUUCAUCGUGCGUUUACCCUUCAAGAAGGAUCCUUCUACUCUGGGGUAUUCGCGCCAACGUGCUGUACAGCAAUUUAUGGCACUGGAGCGGAAGUUUGACAAAAAUCCUUUGCUUCAAUCAAUGUACAGCGACGUGAUUCAUGAUUAUCUCAAACGGGGCUGGCUGGAGCCUGUCCCUGUCCAUUCUCUUCGUGAUCCAUCGUACUACAUGCCUCAUCACGGGGUUAUGAAGGAGGCAUCUACCACUACUAAACUGAGGAUUGUCAACAAUGGGAGCGCUAAAACAUCGUCUGGAUUGAGUCUUAAUGAUAUCCUGAUGACAGGACCUACCGUGCAACCAGACCUUGCAUCUAUCUUGCUGAGAUUCCGCCAACAUCCUUAUGCUCUUACUGCGGAUAUCAGUAAGAUGUACCUCCAGUUGAUGCUCGAUCCUGCAGAUGCCAAUUUCCAGCGCAUUCUCUGGCGUGAUUCGCGAGACUCUCGCAUUGCUGAAUUUAGAAUCACAAGAGUAUGUUUUGGCCUGGCAUCAUCCCCCUUCCUUGCUACGAGGGCUCUCAAUCAACUAGCCAUGGAGCAUGAGGCUUCCCAUCCACUUGCCAGUGAGACUUUGAGAACAGCGUUCUACGUGGAUGACUGCGUGAUUUCUGUGGAAACCAAAGAACAAGCCCUAGAGACCCAGUUGCAGCUAGUUGAAGUGUUGGAGAAGGGAGGAUUCUCUUUAGCAAAGUGGGCCUCAAAUGAUCCAGAACUCAUCCCUGAAGAAUCUUCUACGGAUUCCAAAGCUGAAGUACCUGAUGUCAUCAGCGCUUUGGGCAUGCGGUGGAAUACCAAAUCUGAUGUGUUCGAAUUCAUUUGUCCAAUCUCCAAAAACGACACAUGCAUCACGAAGAGAGAUGUCGCUUCACUCAUCGCUCGCCUUUUUGAUCCACUUGGCCUGAUAGGUCCGGUGGUAGUCGAGGCAAAAAUGCUUCUACAAGACUUACAUGAAGCCAAACUGAAAUGGGACUCUCCGAUAUCACCUGAACACAGCGUGAAAUGGACAACAUUUGUGAACCAUCUUCAACACAUUGUGUGCAUCAAAAUUCCUCGAUGGCUGUCCAGUAUUCACAAUCCAUCACAAGUGGUCAUGCAUGCCUUUUGUGACGCAAGUAGCCGUGCCUAUGGAGCUGUUUUAUAUUUGGUGACCUCGGAUUCAAAUGGUUUUUCCCUGUCUCGCUUGAUUGCAUCUAAGUCCAGGAUAGCACCCAUUGGAGAAGUGACGAUCCCAAAAUUGGAAUUGUGCGGUGCCACGCUAGCUGCAGAGCUGGUGAGUAAAGUCAAAGAUUAUUUCACUCCCCAAGCUAUACAUUUCUGGACGGAUGCCAUGGUGGUGCUCCACUGGAUCCAUUCACCACCCGAUGUCUUCAAAAUAUUUGUUUCCAAACGUAUCAAGACGAUUUUGAGUCUAUCCUCCUCACAACAAUGGAGGCACGUCUCCACGAAGCUGAAUCCAGCAGAUUUAAUUUCUCGUGGGGCUACGCCUAUGCAAUUGAAAAUCAGUACCCUUUGGUGGAAUGGACCCUACUGGUUAACUUUACCAGAGGAACAGUGGCCGCCAUCCUUCAACGGAGGUGAUGGAAAUUGCAAAGAGUCUAUGACUGCGGAAGUUCUUCUCACCCCAGCUCAGCCUGCUGACUCCUUUGAGGCCACUUAUGAAAGCUUACGCAAUCAGUUCCGCACUUUCGACAAAAUUGUGAGGAUUAGAGCAUACGUCUUCAAAUUCUUCCACAAUUGCCGCUCAGAAGAUAGCCGUAGGAGAGCUCAGCUGUCCCCAUUAGAGCACGAACGCGCUCUGCAAAGCUUAAUAGCAGAUGAUCAAGAUGAAGCCUUUCCGGGACUGAAAGAUCAUCUUCGAAACGGUACCCUCCACACGUCAAAAUGGAAGAAUUUGGCUUCUCUGGCUCCGUUUGUGGACGACCAUGAUCUCGUACGUGUAGGAGGCCGCCUGAGUCGGUCCUCAGAAGACUUCAAUGUAAAAUUCCCAAUAUUGUUGCCGAAAACUAAACUCACUCACGACAUCGCUGAAAGAGAACACGUCCGGCAGCUCCAUGCGGGGCCAACACUCCUUCUUGCAACACUCCGUCAACGUUACUGGCCACUGUCCGGUAGAAAUUUGACCAGAAAGAUCUGUCACCAGUGCAUUCGCUGCUUUCGGGCCAGACCACGACUUAUGGAGCAAAUCAUGGCCGAUUUGCCCCCUCAACGAGUCACUUUCACCAGACCUUUCCACUCGACGGGAAUUGAUUAUGCAGGACCGGUGGUGUAUCGUUUGGAUGCUUCCCGAUCAGCUAGAAGACGCCAUGUUGGAGUUAAGAAGGCAUACAUCUCAGUUUUUGUCUGUCUAGCGACAAAAGCAGUCCAUUUGGAGCUUGUCACCAAGCUCUCCACUGAGGCUUUUUUGGCUGCUUAUCGUCGAUUUGCUGCAAGAAGAAAUACUCCGCGCCACAUCUUCAGUGACUGUGGGAAGAAUUUUGCUGGGGCAGCAAACGAAUUGAGUCGCCUGAUCAGGCAAGAAGAUGCCCAACAAGAGAUCGCAGACCGGACGCGAGAGGAUGGUACCAUAUGGCAUUUCAAUCCCCCCAACGCACCUCAUCAUGGAGGACUUUGGGAGGCCAGUGUCAAACGGGUCAAACAUCAUCUGAAUCGCGUCUCUCAGCAAGCGCCACUGACUUUCGAAGAAUUCUACACCGUUUUGACGCAGAUCGAAGCCAUACUUAACAGCAGACCCUUAUGUUUGCUCUCGUCGGAUCCAAACGAGAGAAGCUAUUUGACUCCAGGUCAUUUCUUGACAUUCUGUGCUGGCAACUCUCCUCCGGAUCCCGACGUGACGAACCUUUCUGACAACCGGCUUUCACAUUGGCAACUCUGUCAGAAGCGAGCCCAGGAGUUCGGCAAGAAGUUCCGCGAAAUGUACCUCAACACGCUUCAACAGAGAGGAAAAUGGCUUCAGGAACAAACCAAUGUGCAACCGGGGGACAUAGUUCUGCUGCUCGACGAAUCAGCUGAGGAUUCUAAGUGGAUUCUUGGCCAGGUAGAAGAAACCUUUCCUGGUGUUGAUCAACGAGUACGGGUUGUCACCGUACGAACAUCCAGAGGACUCUACCGAAGACCGAUCACCAAGAUCGCGAAGUUACCCAUUCAAUCUCCUGAAUCAACACAGGACAACGAAGAAGAAGAGGAAAAUCUGGAGCAGAUAGAUUAGCUAAUCAUCUGUCCAUCCGGGGGAGUAUGUGGAAGCCAACCGUCGAAUUUGAAAACAUUCCUUCCACACUGAGCAACAACAUGGCCGCUGAGGCGGCUCUCAUCUCCCUCCAUCUUGAGGGUAUUGUUUACCUCCACUUGUAAAACGUUCUCCAUUCCUUUGUGACGAAGAAAAGACAUUUGUGCUUGAGAGAAUAUUUUAUUUAAAUUCAGUGCAGCAAUUAGAAAUUAAAGUUAGUUUAAAGUUUGUUCAGAUUGGGAAGUGGCAAGGUGUUUAGUUGUGCAGAAGGUGUGAAAUAAAGAACUUUAUUGGUGGUGGAAAA